CACAAAAGAUGAUAUCUUUUUUGCCUGUUUCAUGCCUCCUCUUCUUCAUAUUCGUGACAACAACGGAAAGCAGUUUUCAUACGAAAUCGAGUUUGGCAUCUACGAAUCUUUCCCACGAAUCUAUUUUCAUUCUUUUCUUUAAUAAUAAUAAUUAGCUUCGAUGGUUCUCUUGCUGGUGUUUUUGAUCCUUUGAACGACUCCAAAACGUGCUUAUCUUGUUUUGCGGUUAAUUUUUCUCGUGGUCUCUUGCAGUUUCUUUGGAGUCUUGUUCUUUUAAUCACUCGCUGAUUCUUGCUCUGUUUUUGUCUUUCUCAGCAUCGUCUCUUCAUUUUUUUUUCGCCAGAAUCCUGCAUUUAUAGAGGAAUUCGCAUCUGGGUAUUGGUUAUCAGCUGGUGAUUCUUCCAUUUGAGAAGAUGGGUAAUUUGAAACAAGGUUUGGACACAAGGGUGUCAUCUGAAACAAUUGAGAAGCGUACAGCGUGUUCUUCCUCCAAGGGAGGGAAAGGGAAGAGAUUGUGGAAGAAGGUUAAGUAUCAGCUGGUAGAGUUCCAUUCUUUGCCAGGGUAUUUGAGGGACAACGAGUAUAUUAUUGGUCAUUAUAGAUCAGAAUGGCCGUUGAAGCAGACUUUACUUAGCAUCUUCACCAUUCACAACGAGACGCUGAAUGUUUGGACGCAUUUGAUUGGGUUUUUUCUUUUCCUUUCCCUUACCAUAUACACUGCUCAGAAGGUUCCCAAGGUUGUUGAUCUUCAUCCGCUACAACAUCUUCCUGAUGUGUUGAGAAGGGCUGAUUUGUGCAAAUGGCAUGCAGAACUCAAGACAUGCCUGCCUUCCUUACCCAACAUGCCUGACUUGCACAAACUUCGGGGGGAGUUACAGACAACACUACCUUCAAUGGAUUUACUUCCUUCACUCCAAGGAUGGAAUGUCAUGGAACUUUUAUAUAAUUGUUUGCCUGAGCAAUUCUCCGAUGGGAACCACACUGAUGUUUGUGUUCUGAAAAGUAUGAAGGAGGACGUCACAAACAUAAUAGCACCACUGAUGGUGAGACCAAUAACAAGGUGGCCCUUUUUUGCCUUCUUAGGAGGGGCAAUGUUUUGCUUACUUGUUAGCAGCACAUGCCAUCUCCUCUCCUGCCAUUCAAAGCGCAUGUCAUACAUUAUGCUCAGGCUAGACUAUACUGGAAUUGCAGCCCUCAUAUCAACUUCCUUCUAUCCUCCUGUGUAUUACUCUUUCAUGUGUUACCCAUUUUUCUGCAAUCUCUACAUAGGAUUCAUAAGCAUCUUGGGAGUUGCAACAGUCUUGUUCUCUCUAGUGCCUGUGUUUCAAAAUCCUGAGUUCCGUACCAUCCGAGCAUCCCUGUUUUUUGGCAUGGGGUUGUCUGGAGUAGCUCCUAUUUUCCACAAGCUUAUCUUGUUCUGGCACCAGCCUGAGGCACUUCACACCACCGGGUACGAGACCCUGAUGGGACUUUUCUAUGGACUUGGAGCCCUGGUCUAUGCCACAAGAAUUCCAGAGAGAUGGAUGCCUGGAAAAUUUGACAUUGCUGGGCAUAGCCACCAACUUUUCCACAUAUUAGUUGUGGCUGGCGCAUACACCCAUUAUCAAGCAGGGCUGGUUUACCUCAAAUGGCGAGACCUACAUCAAUGUUGAAGGAGUGAAGAAUGAUAGUAAAUAAUUGUUCAAGAAUAAGCUUAAAGACAAAAAGUUAAGUGAUUAAUCUGUUAGUUUAGCCUUCUUUACUCUGAUUUAUUUUCCUGGAUAGAUUUAAGUAUUGAUGUAUAUGAACCUAUAAGGGAAAGGUUAAAUCCAUUGUUCAUGGCGUAAAUUGAUUCGUAAAUCCUUAGUGCAACGUCUUCUUGUAGUUGUAAUGUUCUUAAAGAAUGUAUGGUGAGUCAAGUGUCUUGGUUGUACCUGUACAUUACUACCUACAACAUUCUUGAAUGUGAUCUGGUUAUGCUGAAUGGAGAAAGAAUUGAUGCAAUUGAGUCUGGUAUUAUUGUUGUU